UGAUGAACGAUAAAAACUGUGAUAGAAACCCUCGUUCUUUCGCAGAAUGAAAUAUUUUCGGUUAAAACACAAUGGAUCAUUUUUUCGGUGAGAAUAUCUGGAAACAGUUGGGCGGGUUUUUUUCGGUAGUGGAAAUACGCGAGUGUUUAUGGCAAAUCGAGUGAAAAAAUACAUGAAAAUGGAGGAUUUUAACCUGGAGUACCUUUCGGAAACAAAACUGAAGGAAAUAAAACUAGAGAGAAAAAUGAGCGAGUUAUCGAACGAGUUGCUGAAACCCGGGGAAGAGUUGUUAAAGCCUGGUGAAAAUGAUGAUUUUUCUAAUUCCGAUGAAAGCGAGAAACCUUUUGGUGAAAGAUGGGCUCCUGUCGGUGCGAAUGAUGGAGAUAAUGAAUUUAAAGAAUUUAAGGACGAAUAUAAGGAUGAAUAUAAGGGCGAAUUCAAAUAUAAUCAUUCGCUAGAAAAUUUGCCUUAUGACAUGGAAAGGCUGAGAAUCUUAGAAGAGGAACAAGAGACGCUCAAUUCGUCGUUGAUCGCAUUAACAACCCACUUUGCUCAGGUUCAAUUCCGACUUCGCCAAAUAGUAGAUGCGCCAACCGAGAGAAAAGAAAGCUUGCUCAAGGAGUUAGAAGAAUUUGCAUUUAGAGGAAUUCCUGACGUUCCGAAUCAUUUUGGAUUCGACAGCAGAUCGUCUACACCCACUUCCGGCAGAAAUAGUAAUUUUGGAGAACUGAACGAUGCAGAACUUGAAUCAAAAAUGGCAUUGCAAAGAUCAAAACAGAGGGAUUUAAUUAGCCAACUGAAAUCACAACUGGAAGAUCUGGAGAAAUAUGCAUACGAAACUGGCGAUGCGGAUUUACCUCAAAGCGUUGUUCUAGAACGGCAGAAUAUCAUAAUCAAUCAUCUCAAAGAAAAAUUAAACUUCGACGUGGAUGAUCUUUGUAAAUUACCAUUAGACGAUUUAAGGUGGCAAGUGGACUGUGCGAUAAGUCAGAUCGUGAGUCCCCUAAAAAUGAAAGAAACAUUAGUGGGCCAAUUAAAGACCCAAAUCGCCGAUCUGGAACGCUUCAUAAAUUAUCUUCAGGGUGAAGUCAGCACAGAAACCCUCUCUUGCACUUGUGCUUGUCCAGUCCACACAAACGGGGCUCCAGCUGCUUCCUCUUUCUCGCGAAAAUCCUCCCAAAAAACGCCAAUUGAUGAAGAAAAGCGAACCGAGAGUUUGAACACUGUCCGUAAAGUCCUGAUGCUUUUGCACAUGUACGUUUUGUCGCAACUUGGAUGCGGAAGUGGCCGAUCCAGGAACUCGUUUAAGAAAAACUCCGUCUGCAGUUGGCGGGACCAGCGAACUCGUUUGGACAUUGCGAUUGAACAUAUUUUGGACACUCUCGCAGAAAGUGAGCACCGUCAUGAGGAAUAUGAGAAUGAUCUUGAGAUUGAAUAUUCUUCCGAUUCAGAUUCUCCGGUCGCUCAGAGCAACGCGAAGGUCACUUCCGCCGUGAGGAAACAUCUGGCGAUUGCCAUAAGAGACUUGGUGCAACAUGGAUCGAGUACAGAUGUUCAGGUGAAUAGUGUGGUUCCGUUUGUGGGAUGCUUUCCACAAAGAAGUCAAACGAGUAGUAGUUCGAUGCAUGCCUGGCUGAUUGUUCUCAAGUAUUAUGAAGUCAAGAAUGGACAUCGAUAUAAUUCUACGCCUACUCAGAGGCUCUCGCAGAGCUUUAAUUUGGACCUUGUUGGAGGUCGAAAUGUCUCUUCUAAGCAGAGCUUAUUAAUAACUAUCGGAAACAUAAUCACAUCACACACUCCCUACAAGAGAAGCUAUGACUCCCACUUCAAGGCUUUUAUUUGUGCAGCAUUAAAUGCCAAUAAACUAGUCGUAUGGUUGAAAUUGAUUCUGCAAUGUCAAUAUAUAUUAGAAAAUCACUAUAUGCCUUGGAGUUACGUUAUAAAAACCGGUUUCCAGGACGCUUUCCAUACACUUGAUCGACUAACGAAUCACAAGUUUGAUUUGCCAGUUGACUUAGCCAUUAAGCAAUUCCAGAAUAUCAAGGAUGCCUUCUAAGUACCUUCAUUAAAAAAAAAGUCCCUCAAUUUUCAUUCCCUAGUCAAUCCACGUAAGUGAUUCAGCGACUUUAAAAAAUUUGGUUGGACUUGAUAUUUUUGGAAAUUUCUUUUCCGAUGAAACCACAAAUGUAUACGUAAGAAACUUCUACAAAGCGCAGAACAAAAUCUAUAACUUUCUGGAAAAUAUUUAUGUAUUACGAGUUGAGAAUAAUCGUCUGUUGUACGUUGACAAAAUAUGGUAAAAUAUUAAGCAAGAGUCGAUGGUAAAAAAUAUUUACGGCAUGUUUCAAAUAUUGACUCAAUUUUCAAUCUUCGACUAUCAUUUUUAUAAAAAGACAUCAACGAUUCUUCGCUUGGACGAAUGAAAAAUCCCGAAAAAUGAAUUUCCCGAAUUGGAAAAUUCCCGACAGAUUUUUACAUAAA